AUGAGCGAGUUGAGUGCGUCGGCGAGUGAGACGUACACUAGGUCGUCGCCUACGCCCACCCCCUCCAAGCCGGCGCCCUCUUCCGCGGUGGUAUCGGGCGGCACCCCAGCCACCUCCACAAGGCCAGCCCCGGCCGCUGCGACUGCGACUGCCACCACCGCGUCGGCUUCUGACCCCCGCGAGGAGCGGAGGGCGGCGGCGAUUGUUGCGGCCGACGUCCGCGGAACGGUGGAGUACCGUGCGGCGUGGGACGUGGAGCUAUGGAAGGCCAUUCAGGCCGCGCGGCUGCGGCGAGAGUUGGAGGAGCAGAAGAAGAAGGCUCUCGCAGCGCUGGCAAAGUUUGUCAAGUCGCGGGAGCAGCAGGCGACGGAUAGCUGCGAGCUGCGGGAGCGCGAGAUUGGGCGCAGAGAGCAGCGGCUGGUGGAGGAGGAGAAGCAGGUAGAGAAGCGAAAGUGGCGGCUGGCGGAGAUGGAGAAGGACCUGCGAAACGCCCGUCAGCAGCUGGCGGACGCGCGGCGGCGGGCGGAGGCCGAGGCGCAGGCGGAAGUGAGGCGGGCGAAGGAGGACGCCGCUCACGCGGUGGCGCUGCAGGAGCAGCGCAUACAGGCCUCCGAGGCGCAGACGAAGCGGGCGGAGGAGCGGCUGCAGCAGGCGCAGCGCGACUACUUGGCCCUCUCGGAGGAGUUUCACCGUUUCCGCACACGGGAGCUGGCGGGGCCGUCUGAGAAGGCGGCCAACAUCGAGGCCCGGCUGCGCACGGAGUUCGCGGUGGAGCAGCAGGCGUUGCAGGAUCGCCUUGAGCGGCGGCACACGGAGCGUGAGGAGCAGCUGACACGGCGUUGCCGUGAGCUUGAGGAGGAAAACAGGCGCCUAACGGCGUUGGCCACCAAACGCAAAGAACAAAUGCGACGCGGCGUUGAAGAAGUGGCGCGGCUCACGUCGUUGAACAGCACUUUAGAAGGCCAACUUCGACAGCAGUCGACGAGGGACGCCGCGGUGGAGGUCGCGGACUCCAGAAAAACAAAGAAACAAAAGGCCUUGGACGACGCGACUCCGCAGGCGCCAGCCGCUGAGGUCGUGCCGCUUGCAAAAGAAAUUGAGCGGCUGCGUUGCGAGCGGCGGGCGAUUCUGGAGGGCAGCGCGGGUGCGCUGGACGUUGACAGCGACGUGGUGCGCUGCCUGGACGCGAGGAUUAACGACAUGCUUGAGCGGCUGCACAGUCGGGGCAAACCGCUGCAGCCGGUGCGGGGCUGA